GUGAGCAAUCGACAUUCCGACUUGGGAAGUGGUUGCAAAUACACGUCGCUUAGGCGAAAUUCUCGAGGCGAGUACUGGAUUACCAGCAGCGCCUGUGUUAGUUCGUUUGAGAUCUCCGUUACUUAUAAAAUAAAAAUUACAAUCAUGCAGUCUAUGAUUAUCCUAGCCACCGCUCUGUGCGUCGCACAAGCAUCGUUCUACGCCGGCGCACCAGCACCCAUUCAGCUGAGCCCCGACGGCAAAUACGUGCUGGACACGCCCGAGGUAGCCCACGCUAAAGCCGCCCACUACGCUGCGCACGCUCAGGCCUCCACUUCCCAGGGAGCAUGGGCCCCAGCUGCUAGCUACCACGGCGCUCCCGCGUACGCCGCCGGCGCUCACUACGGUGCUCCCGGUGCUGGUCUCUUCAAAUAUGGCCCCGCUCCCCUGGCCCAUGACGGUCGCGUGGUCGACACCCCUGAGGUGGCUCAUCUGAAGGCCGCCCACAUCGCCGCCCACGCCGCUGCCCACGCCAACGCAGCCCACGGCGCGCACGCCGGUGCUGUCGGACCUCUUUCUUACGCCGCGCCCCUCGCUCACGGAGCUGGCUACGCUGCUGGUUACGGAAAGUGGACCGGCCCCCCGGCCAACAUCCAGCUGACUCACGACGGACAGUACGUCGUAGACACCCCUGAAGUGCAGCACGCGCGCGCCGCCCACCUUUCGCAGUAUGCUGCCGCUGCACACGCGGCCGCAUCGGCGCCCGAGGAGGGACCCUGGAACCACGGACACGGCUGGCACUGAACCCCCACUACCUCUGAUCCCGGCUUCUAAACUGCCUGAUGUAUUUUUAUACAAAACUAUAUAAAAACUAAAAAAAAAUGUUUUUACUGUAUAUAAGUUCAACGUGACCUGUGUAUAGCAACUGCUAUUCUUAAGAUAAAAAUUAUAA